GGCGGCGGCGGCGGCGGCGGUGGCAGCGACGACGACGACAAGAGGAACAGGGUCCGCGCGCGCAACCGCGAGGCCGCCCACAAGUGCCGGCAGAAGACACAGAAGGGCAUCAGCCAGCUUCAGACGCAGGAGGCCGUCAUGGGAGGCAUCAAUAGGAGCCUGAAGUCCGAGGCCGAGAUGCUGCGCGGGGAGAUCCUGCUGCUGAAGCACAUGGUCCUCCAGCACAGCGGGUGCGGGUGCUCCUUCAUCGAAGAGUACAUAGCCGGCGCGGCGCAGAACCUAGUGCAGUCCGGCGCCAGGAUAUCCGCCUCGCCUCGCGGCGGAAACGCAGAGACGGACGGCCAGCACUCCAUGGUCGGGGGCGACGAGUGUUACAUUGACCGGCGGGCGUACGACGCGCACAGCAAGGCGGAAAUGUAUCUGACUGGGUUCGAGAGUGGGUUCUUUGACUUCGAAUCUACUCCGUAUCACGCCACAGGGAUCCAGCUUUGAGGUGAUAAAACCGUCCGAGGCCGGAAGAAAAGGUGAGCAGGAAAAUCCGAUGG